AUGGCCUUCGUCUUCGUCUGCAACUUUCUUCUGGUUUCCGGGAAAUCCAAGUCUCUCUGCUCCAUGGCGACGGACGGAGGGAAGAAGAAGGGGGGAAGGGGCUUCGAGGUGGAGGGAUAUCCCGUGGAGGGGCUGUCAAUCGGUGGGCAGGAGACCUGCGUGAUAUUCCCCACGCUCAAGAUGGCCUUCGACAUUGGUCGGUGCCCGCAGCGCGCCAUCUCGCAGGAGUACCUGUUCAUCUCCCAUGGCCACAUGGAUCAUAUAGUAAUCCCCGAUGCUAUCUGUCUCUUUCCUCCGCCCGCUUCUGUUUCGGAAGUGGAGUAUCGAGUUUGAUUGAUGGAAAUUCUCCGGUUGAUGGCGCACUAGGGAGGACUGCCGAUGUACGUGGCCACCCGGGGGCUGUACAAGAUGAAGCCUCCGACGAUUUUUGUGCCGCCGUCCAUCAAGGAGAACGUGGAGAGGUUGUUCGAAGUGCACAGAGCGAUGGACCAGUCCGAGUUGAAGCAUAACCUCGUCCCUUUGAAUGUCGGUGAGGCAUCCUCUCAGCUUUCCCCAUUCCGUCACCAUCUUCAUCUAUACUCGUGAAUGGAUGUGGCUAUAGCUUCAUACAAAUACUUUCAGGGGAGGAAUUUCUUCUGAGGAAGGACAUUAAGGUGAGAGCAUUCAGGACUUACCACUCGAUACCUAGCCAGGUGAAUCCCUGUCGCAAGCUUUAUCUCUCUGGCUGAUCUGUCCAACCUGUUCUUGGCCUAGGAUUCCUAAGGCUGUUGAGUUAUAAUACUUGUAGGGUUAUGUGAUUUACAGUCUAAGGCAUAAACUUAAGCCAGAGUAUGCGGGCCUCUCCGGGAAUGAGAUCAAGAACUUGAGGUUAUCAGGUGUGGAGGUCUGUCUUUGCAGUCACUUUGAAGAGGCUUACUUCACAGUUAGAACAUCGGGUAUUUUCCUCGCAGAUUCUUAUCACCAUGGAAUGACAGGUUACAUACUCAAUCACAUCGCCUGAGAUUGCUUUUACCGGGGACACCAUGUCCGACUUCAUAGCUGAUCAGGAUAACAUAGAUGCAUUGAAGGCUCGUGUUCUUGUGAUGGAGGUACUACCCAAGUUCGCUGAUUCCAAAUAAGUUGCUAUCUACCUCCAUCUCGGCAUGAUUUUUUAUUUUCAUUCAUAGGUGAAUGAUUUUGUAAAGUUUGAUCCUUCAACAAUAUGCAUCCUCACUUCAGAGACUUUGUUAUCUCAUCCUCCUCUUAUGAUCUUAUUUUUUGGGCUAGAUUCAUUUCAACAUAGAUUUCUUGGGAUGGUAUUUUCAGCAUGCACAGGCUUAAGACCAGAAGACAUGCACAGACUUGUUCAUUAAAAACAUGGGUAUUUUAUUGUAUUAUGCCUGACUUUUAUCAGUGGAUGACUUUGACAAAAAAGCUUUCUAGUAUAAACCCAACUCGUGGAUGUGUUGGCACCAUGUGUACAUACAUGUUCAAGUUAUUAUUUAUUUAGACAUUAAGUGAAUGAAGAUGAGAUAAUCAAGGCUUCACUUUUAUUCAAGUUUUAAUUUAGAUGAAUCGAUAAUGGUUGGGUAUCCAAUCAGUUCUGCUAAAACUGGGGUGCCCUGCUAUCUUUAUGUGGGAAAAUAUCUCUUGGUGGGUACCCAGUAAAGAAUUCAAACAUAGAAAACAGAUAGAGGCAACCUUUCUCCGAAAAGAAGCACUGUUGUCUUCAACCAUAAGAGAUAUUACUCUGAAGUUAUUCGAACCUGCUUUGUAAUGGCUUAAGAUUUGGAAAGGCGUCGUUCUAUGAUAUACAUCCUGCAUUCCCUUUAAAACCUAUUCAUUUUUCUGAGGCCUUUACACAUUAUUUGAUGGGUGCCAUAUUAAGGAUGGGAAGAGAAGCUUUAUUCUCUGUGAAUCAGCACUGCAAUCUCAAGGGAUUGUGCUCUCACCUCCACAUAAAUUUUAAGAACUUCUUGGGGUUUUCCACUCAGUCACCAUCUUUCUUUUAAACUCCUUGUGUAAUUCUUCCCAGAGCACCUUCGUUGAUGAAGCAAUGACGAUAGAGAAUGCAAGAGACUAUGGCCACACCCAUCUGUCUGAGGUCUGCUUCACUUGUCACAUGAACAUGGUUGGAGAAUUCGAUCCAUCUUAUCUUCCCUUCUGAUUUAUUAACUAAUUUUUUCUCAUGAUACUUUGAGAGCAGAUCGCUCGCUGUGCGGACAAGUUUGAAAAUAAAGCCAUUCUUCUGAUCCAUUUCUCAGCUAGAUAUCAGGCCGAGGUAAGUCCUUCAUAAAUCAUUUUAAAAGUUGAAAUAGUCAGCUGAUUUCUUCCUCCUCGUCCCCUCCAUUUCCAUGAAUUCUGCUAUCUGCUCAGGAAAUCCAGGCCGCCAUUUCCAAAUUGCCUCCUCCCUUGUCUGGCCGAGUUUUCGCACUGACUGAAGGCUUCUGA